AUGGAAUCCUCCGGCCAUGCAAGUGAGAUUUUGGAGCUCAUUGACCUGCAUCACGAUGGCAAGUGGGGAUUCGUGGUGUACCGGUGCACAUACGAUGACGACACACAGUGGACGGCGUUCAUGGCUCGCUUGACUGCUUUCGCUAUGGCCGGGCUGAACAAAGAGGAAGAGAACCACAAGAUCAAGGACACAUUCGCCUGGACAGUGCAAGAAGAUGAGAUCAAGUUUGACAACGCCAGCAAGGAUCAGAUCCGGAGGUACCAUGAGGACUGGGUUCAAUCUGUGGCGGGUGAUAAGUACGUGACGAAGUACACCAACUGCAUUUACGCGGACCAGGAAGUCAUUGACGCGGUACUCAACGGAGAUCGCCCGGAUACCACUGAUCCUGAGGAGAUCGUCCUUCCGACAGCCUUCGUCAAGGUCCUCGAUGACCAAUUUGAGGCGGAGGACAAUCUUGAGGAUCGUGGCUAUGAGCCAGUCGAUGGAUACAAAGUUGAGAACGUUAGCUGGAUGAAGGUCACUGCAACUGACCUCAUCCCGGGAAUUUACAUCGACUUGCUGCGCAACAACUGGCUGUCGGUGUACAUACGACCACCUGCCGAUGAGAACUUCCUCAACACACCCAUUUCCCACUUCUCGCAAUCUCCGAGACUAAAACACGGGUUCUCCCCUUCAGACCUGUAUGCCUUCGCCGCUCGGCAACAGCUCACCGCCACGACACGAGACACAAUGGUCCUCGAUACCGAAGCCGAAGAGCUCAGCAGAAUGCUGAAGCGUCACCAUGACGGCAAUUUCGGGUUCACAGUGUACCGCACGUUCUACGGUGAGCAAGCAGACUGGAAUCUCUUCGUAGACCGUCUCACCCAACACUGUCACCUCAGCAUGGACUGUGAUCGCUUCAAGCAGUCGCGCGACGCUCAUUUCAGCAACUACAUCACCAUCACUCGGUACACCUACUCUAUCGUGGCCGAUGAGGAGGUUGUGAGGGCGGUACUUGAUGGCGACGAUCCAGGCAUAACGAAUUACAAAGACAUUCUGAACCCCCACCAGCUACGUGAAAGUGCUGGACGAUCGUUUCAGCGAGGCUUCCAGCUUCGCAACGUGGGCUGGAUGAAGGUCGCUUCACGCAAUCUAGUUCCCAGGGUGUACAGAGUGCUGAUGGAUGAUGGCUGGCAGAUCACCUACGUAAGACCACCAUGUAUCCAGUCAGACUAG